CUUUGAUUCAACAUGCCUCCUCAUCACAAAACGCCAAACACAAGAACAUCUUCCCAAUUAACUGAAAACCCUUCCCAAUUAACUGAAAACCCUUCGAAAUCAACCAAAACCGCUUCGAAAUCAACCAAAACCGCUUUGCAAUCUGAUCCUAGCCUGACCCAAAGGUCCCUUGAAACCAUCAACAAGCCUUUGAUUUCUCACACAGCAGCCCUCGACAACAUCCAUUCAAAAGACACUAUCAAAUUCAAAUCAAAUCCUAUCAGCAAACCUCAAAAACGAUCUCGAUCUCAAACAGAAUCUCGAUCUAGAUCUCAAUCGCUUUUGUAUUGUGAUGAUGAAAACAAUGAAGUCAAAAACAAGAAUGAAAACGAAGAAGAUGAAAAUGAAGAAGAUGUAAACGAAGAAGAUGAAAACGAAGAAGAUGAAAACGAAGAAGAUGAAAAUAAUGAAGACUUAGAAUACAUUGAAAAGACUUUUGAAGAUAAUGAUGAUGAGAAUGACAUUUCGAGAUCACAUCAACGUGAUCAAUCAGCCAGCGCAUUCACCCAGGCAGCUGAUAGCAUGCCUGGAAUCGAUCAAAGCCACAUUGACAUGGCAAGAGCUUUGUCAUAUAUUGGUGAUACAAAUCAACAUGCGAUCCAUAAUGGCUUGUUUCUCUCCAAAUUACAUCAAGAUAUCCUUGAUGGUCAAAUCAGUAUCCGUAACGAACUCUUGGAUCGAAUCGACUCAAUCAAAGAUGAGAUUUC